AUGUUAGACGAUACUAAUAUUUAUAAAAAAUCUUACAAAACUUAUAGCAUAACCAAUACCGAACAAAAAUAUAAACUUGUAAUAUUUCCAAGUGACAAUACAUUUUCUAUUUUUAAUAAUAAACAGUGUUCAAAUUCAGAACAUGAUGGAUUAAUUAUUGUACAAAGUGGCAGUAAAAAAUAUCUGACAAUGGUUUUCAAAGUAGGUACAAUGGCUGAAUUACAUGAAGCACAAAAAUUAUUAGGAAAAGCUAUGAAUAUUAUAUAUAUACUAUUAGAAGAACCCAAUGUAGAACAACCAGUUGAAGAAAAAACAUUUGAAACAAUAAUAAUGUAUAAAAAUCCCAACGAUGGAAAUGAUGUUGAUUUAUUAUCAAUAACUGGUGUUAAACAAAAGAUGAAUUUAUAUGUAACAUCAUUAAUUGAUAUUGUUUUUACACAUGAAGAAUUAUUGGAACUAGAUGCAACAAAAAUCAAAUUUAAUGAUGGUUAUAAAUUAAUACAAGAAGCUGUACGAAGUAAAUUUCGAUUAUCAGAUGAUAUUUUUAAAAUUGAAUGGUAUAAUUUACAUGAAACAUUUUUAAACAAACGUCGGGAUAUUAAAAAGGGUUUAAGAAAACAGGAAACUACAGUUCAAACAAAUCCAUCAGCACAAAUCUAA